UUUUUUUCUGUGAAGCAUGCUAUGUAUACAAAGGUAUGUCCAGGGGACGACUGUGAAUUAGACCCAUGUUUUAGGAAGGAUAACUUGUAAAUGUAGCAACGGACCUGAAGUAGAAGGCGUUAAUGUGUGAAUGUUCUCACCUUGUAAAAAGGUGUUCGGAUAAUUCAUCUUAAAAGUAAACUCUCUCGAAGUUGUAGAUCAUGAUAAGAGCGGAACGAAGUUGCGUCAGCACUCAACAACAGGUGUCAUAUUCUUACCAAAGUUCAAUACCAAUUGAAUCGACACACUUUUCUGCAUAUACUGAUGGUAUAGAAACCGGUGAACAUUCGGACAAUUUUUCAAUUCAUCGAUUGUUGAAUUAUAGAGGUAAUGAGAAAGGAAAUCAGGCCUAUGAUGGUGAUCGACAAGAACACACAGAGGACGAAGAUAGCGAGAAUAUACUUAAUGGACGAACUUGUAUUCGAAACAGUGUUGCAGCGGAUAUUGGUGAAAAUAAGGAAUCUUCUUCUUACCCUCAACCUGGCUUUCCACAACCUUUUUUUGCAGCGUCUGCAGUAACGUUGAUGUCUGAAAAUCCAGGCCGAAUCUCCCCAACUGAACAGCAGUAUGGCGUUAGUUCUAGCGACGUACAUACAGUUAUUAACGGUCUGGACACACCUGCCGAUAAACCGCCUCCAGAAGAUCCUCAGAAAUCGGUCCAAUGCAUAAAAUCGAAAGUAUCUGUAUUUCUCUGUAAUCGAGAAUUAUGGAUGAAAUUUCACCAGCACGGAACGGAGAUGAUAAUUACAAAACAGGGCAGACGAAUAUUUCCACAGUUGGGUUUCCGCCUCGCCGGUUUGAAUCCCACAUCCACUUAUAAUGUAUUUGUAGAUAUGGUUCUUGCAGAUCCAAAUCAUUGGAAAUUUCAGGGAGGAAAAUGGGUUCCCACUGGCCAAGCUGAACAUCUCAGUAAAGGGAACAUGAUGUACAUGCACCCUGACUCGCCAAACAGCGGCGAACAUUGGAUGAAACAAGAUAUAAUAUUCAACAAACUCAAGUUAACCAAUAACAAAGGCAAAGACAACGGCUACAUUGUUCUAAAUUCGAUGCAUAAAUAUCAGCCUAGGAUACAUGUGAUGGACUUAAACGAGAGGUACAAGAUGUUGACACAUUGCUUUCCUGAAACGCAAUUCUACGCAGUUACAGCUUACCAAAACACAGACGUAACACAGCUGAAAAUUGAUUAUAAUCCAUUUGCCAAAGGCUUUAGAGACAGUUAUGACGGGUCACGCGAUCAUAUAUCAUCGUCUCUAAAUGGGCAUUCCCAGUUGCCUUACUCGUAUCAAACGAUUCAUCAACAUCCUAUGACCGGUAUAAUGCACGUGGGUCAGAUGCCUGAAAGUAUGGCGUACUUUCGACGCUCUCAUGACGAUUUCUUGACUGGAGGACACGCCGUUGAUCACUUUCAUGGACUUCAGGGACCGAAUUACCAACUCAAUAAUACUCAUACGCGAUUGAACGAGACAUAUACUCGUGACCUCUUAUUGACAACCACAGCGCCACAAACAAAUGUAAAGCAGCUUCUACCUGUAUACUCUUCUCCACCGGUGACAACUGAGAAAACCGUACCUAUACCUGGUGAUUUAAUGCGGAAUUCAAACGCAAAUUGGCUUGAUGCACCGCCCUCUAUCAACGAGUCGUAUCCACAAUCGGAUCGGAAGCGUAAAAGAUCACCGGAUAGUCCGGGCGAGUCGGCAGCUGACGGACAAUUACAAAUCGAUACGGACAGUGGCUACCUCGGUUACAAUAGUCAUUUACGGUAUCAAGAACUUUACUCAAAUACACAUUCUUUUUCUAGUCAUUCUCAUAAUACUUACUUGCAUCAAGCGAACAUUAGAGACGGAAAUUACAGUGCCCCAGAUGAUGUUCAUUCCGUGUUGAAAUCUAUGAGGCAGGUGUGUUAUGAGCAGCAUGCUUAGGAAUUUAAAAUAUACCUAUAUACUAUAGCCUACUAAAUAUUAAUAUCUGUUUUUAUGAUCAUCUUUUCAUGAACACUCUACAGGGGUAGUAAAUUUUGAAAACUCCGUAUAGAGGGCGUAUACAAUAAUAUUUUACUGUCAAAUGAGCUUAUUACAAAGGACGGGGUCUAUAGGGUAAAGCAUCUUGAAUCAGUAUUUUAACUAUUGUCCAUAACAAUUCAGAUCUUUUAAAAUGUAUUUAUUCUUUACUUGUAAUUUUAGCAAUAUUUAAUUUUUUUUUAUCGUUUCGGUUUUAUCCGAGAUCCAAGAUCAAAUUAUGCAUUAAACAAUACCGUAAUUCUUUAUUUCGUCUUUAUUUUCGGGUAACAAAUGACGUCAUAGUCUCUCAAUUACAGUUUUAAUCACAAUAAUAAUUGUAUAUAUUUUGUUUUUUUAUGAUAGAUAUUGUAUCGUGUUCAAAACGUUCUGAAAUAAAUGUAGGCUUAUAUAUCAA